AUGUUUGAGGCAGGGUCGACCUUUUUGGCAUUGCGGGUCAAGACGUAUGAGGAGGCCUAUGCAUGCAAGUACCACGGCCACGGCCACGGCCGCUUCGAAGAGCUUGUAUCGGAGACCGUCCCAGAGACCGCCACUUGGGACCCAUUUCUGGAGGAUUCUGAUGAGCACGCAGCGGCUACACUACUCGUGAGCCUUGAGGAUCUCUGCCACCUGACCUCCAGCGGCAAGUACCUCGCGAGUCUGCCGAGCAACGGUGAGGCGAUGCUCGACGGCGGAGAGGGGCUGGAGGAGCUGGAGGAGGCCGUGAUGGUCUUGCCUGCCCAGCCCCACAGGCGAGAACCAUGCGAUUUGUAUGCAAGAGGCCCAAUCAGCAAGGCAGCUGGUUCUCCAAGAGACGGCAUCAGCCUCGGCGGCAACGCACACCUCGGAACCAUUGGGGACUGGGAGGGGAGACGACGGUUAUUGCGGUGGGAAAUCUGA